CUCUCUCUCUCUCUCUCUCUCUCUCACACUCUCUCUUUUCAUUCCAUGUGUGUGGGCGCUCUCUCGGGAGCUGCUACUGCUGCUGCUGCUGCUGCUGUUUUGCCUGUUGAAUGCCCGAGUCAGCUUUCAGUCCGAUAAACAUCCUAGCGCCGAGCAGAAGCAAUCAGAGGAAGCACCCGCCACCUGCAGAGUCCGUCGAAGGAUUUGUUUUUUUUUGUUGUUGUUGUUGUUGUUGUUUUAGUGCUUGCUAGUCUGCUGUUGCGCCGCAAUGGGCAACCAGCUGAGUAUGAAUAGCAUCCAGGAUGCGGUCAUGGAUCGCCUCAGGUCGGUGGCCCUAACCACCGACGAGAACGGAGCGAUGCGCAUCCGUUCCUUUUCCGAGGGCGGCGUGGGAGGCACCGCGGGCCACCAUCACCAUCAGCACUGCAGUGGACGCGGUGGGCGCAUACUGCGCGAGAGCAGCAUCGAUGGGGGCGUUGCUGUCUUCGAUGCCCUGCUGCGCGACGAGCACGAGCAUCGGCUCAGCCUGGACGCGAUGCAUCGGGUGCGUCAUGUGCGCACCUCUUGCACGACGAUUCCCGAGGAGGAAAUCCCGCACGAGGAUUUACAUCCACUCCAUCCUUCUACGGCCCAAGCCCCCUCCUCGCAGGAAGUGGCAUUAAAUGAGAGCUAAAUCGCUGGCUCUAGCCGGCUGAGGAGAGCUUUGGGCCUGGUGGCAACAGCAUGCUUCUACCUGGAUAAAAACCGACAAGAAGAGAGUUAAAUCAAUGUCUAAAAUAUAGUUUUUGAAUAAACAUACUUAUAUGUGUU